UACCCAACUAAAAUCGCCAUGUCAAGUGAGGAUCAAAAAGAAAAGGAAAAGGGUGCUUUUGAGAAGCUUCAAAUUCCAUAUGAUCCAGACUGUGUUAGUUGUAGAGUUGUGGGAAGUUUGACUUUGUACGGUGCUGGAAUACUAGUAUUGACCAAUGUAAAGAAACUCCCAGAAUCCAACAAGGCUGGUAAGAUUGCAAUGGGUCUCUUUGGAAUUGGUUUGCUUGGAGCUGGUACCAUGCGCAUAUUUGUUUGACAGAUGUUAAUAUUUUGCAAUGGAUACUAACAACGUAAAUGGACACAAAUCAACAAUCAUUGGAAAAGGAAUUAAGAAUAGMUGGUAUUAACAAGAGAAAAUAUGAACAACUACAAAGACUUUUGAAGAUUCUCAGUUCUACUUUUACCAUUCUCAUCCUCAGAUUCUUUUCAGUUCCCAAUGGAAUCAAAAUCAAAGGCUCCGGUUGGAGAAGAAUGAGUCUUUGGUCUGAUAGUUCCACAAUUAUUUCCCAUGCUACAUCAGCAUGCAUAUAUCUUACAACCAAGACUAUAGGUCUCCAAUGAGCCUUUGAUUGAGAAGGGUCCAGCUGUAAGAUUGUUCUUUUUCUAGUGUUUUGCUGUUUUAUAUGCUAUGUUAUGUUCCAAAAAAUAUCCCUAGAGGUUUAGCAAGCUUUUAUGUAUAUACAAAGAGAAAAUGACUUAAUUCACUCAUGCAAGAUGACAUGGAGAUCCUGAUAAAAUACACUUCAUUCAUAUAAGUUGGAAUUAAUUUUUUUCCAUUAAAUUAUUUUCCUUGUCUGUUAUGAAGAACCUACAUACACAUAUCAAUGUAAACUAGACGCUCUUACAGUCUGAAGUCCAGCUAACUGUUUUGGAAAAUUGAGAAAGACAGGAUAUUACAUGGGUGUGCUUAUAAGCGAACGCCUGAAAGAUUUUCAACAUGAUUAAAGAUAAAAUA